AUGGUCCAACAAAAAUUUCAAAGCUCAAGCUCCAAGGGCCACGCCUUCGCCUGGAAGACUACACCGGGGACUUUACCAGUGUUACCUUCGAUCAAGCAAAAGAGUACUGCAAAGAGCUCAAGCUGCCCGGAGCUUACGUUGCAAGCCGUGAAGUGUUCAUUGGACGUCUUCAACAGCAUUAUGGCGGGCUCGAAGACUAUUGCAGGCACAAUCGAGAGCAACGCAGAGCCACCGGAGUCUGGAGAUGAGGGGAUAGAUGCAGCGCCAGGAUCAGGCAAUGGUUCAAGACCUGCCAACCAGCCGACCAAAGGAGGCAAGACGUCUCGACCAGCAUCAGGAACAAUGAAACCACCCGGAAAGAACACCUCAACAACAAGUGGAAAAGGACCAAGAAUCAAGUACGUACCCGAAGGUCGAAAAUCCACGCGAGUACUCGCCAGAGGCUCCCACUAUCGCAUACUUGAGCUCAAGAAAAUGCUUGAAAGUGUGAGAAACCUUGCUCGUGUUGAGGAGGAUCCAGCGUUGGACCAUCUCCUUGACCUGCUGAGGGAAGCCUAUAGUGCAAUGCACGAGAUUGCUCCGGAUCCGCUAUCACCGGACAACCCACAGUCACCGUGGUCACCAGCAUGA